CCCGAGACACCCUUGCGGGAUGGAGAGGACAAAGCUGCCGUGGGCGUGGGGAUGUAGCAGCGCUUGUGUUCUGUAUGCUUAGAAGCCAGAGGCAGGCAGCAGGCAGGGAUCCCCGGCAGGCGAUGGAUGGAAACGUGUGCUGCGGGACUGGCUGGAGCUGGGAACUUUCCUAACAGUCUGUUGUCUUCUGCUGAGAGUCCCAGACUUGCUCCAAUAGGAUCUUCCUUCCCAUUCAUCUGCAAAAUUGCUGGUGAAAGCAGAGCACCAUGUACACCUUCCUUCCCGAGAACUUCACGCCAGUGAAGCAGAAGCCGUCCAAGGAGCUGAGGCCCAUGCUCGGGGCCAUCUUGCUGGGCCUCAUCCUCUUCAUUGCUGCCGUGGUGGCCUGGUGCUACUACACGGUGUCCCUGCGGAAGGCGGAGCGGCUCAAGACGGAGCUGAUGGACCUGCGGGCAGACGGCUUCGUCAUCAGGAACCAGCACGGGGAGGUGGUCUUCCGCCUGGCCUUCCGCUCGGGCCGCCUCGACCUGGAGUCGUGCUCCAAGGAGGGCGAGAUCCUGAGCUGCACGCGGUCGGGCAGGGGGCCGCUCAACUUCUUCAUCCAGACGGUGAAGCCCAAGGACACGGUGAUGUGCUACCGCGUGCGCUGGGAGGAGCUGGAGGCCGGCCCGGCAGUGGAGCACACCAUGUUCUGGGAGGACGCCCACUGGUACGGGGGCUCGGAGAUGAGCACCCAGCACUGGCCCAUCCGCCUGGCCGGCUACCAGGAGCCCGUGCCCUACGUGACGAGCGACGUCUACUCCUUCCGCGACAGCUUUGGAGGCAUCCUGGAGCGCUACUGGCUCUCCUCCAAGGCGGCGGCCAUCAAGAUCAACGACUCCGUGCCCUUCCACCUGGGCUUCAACGCCACCCAGCGCGCCCUCUUCUUCCAGGCCCGCUACAAGGACUCUCCCUACAAGCCCCCGCCGGGGCAGCAGCCCUUCCCCGAGCUCAGCUACCGCGUCUGCGUGGGCUCCGACAUCACCUCCAUCCACAAGUACAUGGUGCGCAGGUACUUCAACAAGCCCUCCAAGAUCCCUGCUGAGAACGCCUUCCGGUACCCCAUCUGGUCCACCUGGGCACUCUACAAGAAUGAUAUUGACCAGGAUAAACUCUUGCGAUUCGCAGAAAAGAUCAAGAAGUACCAUUUUAACUGCAGCCACAUUGAAAUUGAUGACAUGUACACACAGGCCUAUGGGGAUUUUGACUUUGAUCCUGUCAAGUUCCCCAACGUGACAGAGAUGUUUGCAAAACUAAGGGAAGAUGGGUUUAAAGUCACACUAUGGACUCACCCUUUCAUAAACUACAAUUCCUCCAAUUUUGGUGUGGGUAUUGAGCGCCAGCUGUUCAUCAAGGAGCCAUCUGGGCGGCUGCCAGCCAUGGUGGAGUGGUGGAACGGCAUCGGGGCCAUCCUGGACUUCACCAACCCUGCAGCCCGCGACUGGUUCCAGAGCCACCUGCGCCAGCUCCGACACAAAUACGGCAUCUCCUCCUUCAAGUUCGAUGCGGGUGAGACCAGCUACCUGCCCAAGCAGUUCAGCACCUUCCGCCCGCUCUCGGACCCCAGCAUCUGGUCACGGCGCUACACGGAGAUGGCCAUUCCCUUCUAUGAGCUGGCCGAGGUGCGGGUGGGCUACCAGUCCCAGAACAUCUCCUGCUUCUUCCGCAUCAUUGACCGCGACUCUGUCUGGGGCUACGAGCUCGGCCUUAAGUCCCUCAUUCCCACUGUGCUCACCAUCAGCAUGCUGGGGUACCCCUUCAUUUCUGCUGACAUGAUUGGGGGGAAUUUUUUCCCCAACAAGACAGAUGGGGCAGUGGAGAUCCCUGACCGGGAGCUGUACGUGCGGUGGUUGGAGCUGUCUGCCUUCAUGCCCUCCAUGCAGUUCUCCAUCCCACCCUGGCUCUAUGACAAGGAGGUGGUGGAGAUUGCACAGAAGUUCACAGAGCUUCACGAGUCGCUGGUGGCCCCACUCCUGCUGGAGCUGGCCGGGGAGGUCACCGACACGGGUGACCCCAUCAUCCGUCCCAUCUGGUGGAUCUCGCCCCGUGACGAGGCUGCUCACAGGAUCGACUCCCAGUUCCUCAUUGGAGACACCCUCAUGGUGGCCCCUGUCCUGGAGAUGGGCAAGCAGGAGCGUGAUGUCUACCUGCCAGCGGGCAAGUGGCGCAGCUACAAGGGGGAGUUGUUUGAGAAGACCCCAGUGCUGCUCACGGACUAUCCCGUCGACCUGGAUGAAGUUGCCUAUUUCCUCUGGGUUUCCUAACAGGGGGCCUCCACCAACUUGGGGAUAACCAUGCCUUACCUAGGACUUUGUAACAAUAAUAAUUCUAAUUGCACAUUUCAUUUGAGAUUGGGGAUAAGGAAGGGAGUUAAAUAGACUUCACUGUCCUUGGGGUAAUUUUUUUAUUAUUAUUAUUUGGAGGAAGGGUACCCUUUUUUUUAAAUUUGGGGCAGGUGGAAGACUCCAGUUGUGUUAGGGUAUGCAGAAUUUUCUCUGUUAAAGUCAGGAAGGAAUUGCCAGUCUGUUUGCAGACACAUAAUAAGCUCAGUACUGGUUCAGUUCCCAUGGAUUUCAAGAGGCUGAGGUUGCUUAUUGGCAGUGGAAACGUUGCUGAUCUUAUGGGAGCACCCAGCACUGGGCCUGGGUGUGGUGAUGUGGGAGGGUUGCUGCUGCACAGUCUGCCUUACAUUUUUCAGUAUGGCAGAUAUAUUUAAAAGGACUUAGUUAAGAGCAGAAAAGAAACUAGUGAGGUAUAUAGAUAUACGAGGAAGGGCCUGGGUCUGUUUAGCCUGGAGAAGACUGAGAGGGGAUCUUAUCAAUAUCUAAAGUUUGAAUGUCAAGAGGAUGAGACCAAACUCUAUUCAGUGGUACCUAUCAAGAGUACAAGGGCAACAGGCAUGAAGUUGAACACAGGAGGUUCCAUCUGAGCAUAAGGAAAAAUUCCUUUACUUUGAGAGAAUGACAGAGCACUGGAACAGGGUGUCCAGAGAGGUUGUGGAGUCACCUUCUUUGGAGAUAUUAAAAACCUGCCUGGAUGCCAUCCUAUGCAACCUGCUCUAGCAGGGGGGUUGGACUAGAUGAUCUCAGAGGUCCCUUCCAACCCCUAACAUUCUGUGCUUCUUUAUACACAUACAUAUUACCUUCUCUCUUUAGUCUAGUGUGGUACUGGGCUAACACUUGCCCCAUGUUCUCACUUCCCCAGGUAUCAGGCAGGCCAUGUUACUACAGAGGCGUCCAGGUGUUUUAUCUGUAUGGGCUGUGCAGCUCUUGCUGAGGCAGCUGCAUCCCACCUCCUCCCUGGUUUAAUGUCCCCUGCAAGGCACUUCCCUGUGUGUUUUAUCCUGGGUGUCAACAUUGCCUUUCCUAGAGUGGCCCCGUUCAUACCAGCAUGUCCCCUUAGUCUUUUUAAUGCCUUUAUGGUGCAGCUUAAUUACAUUAUUUUCUUGCUGGUAUCAUCCCUUUUGGUUUCUAAGGACAGAUGAGCUUUCAGGCUUGUUGCUGGCCGAGAGACUGCCUAGAGCAAAGCCCUUCUCAAGAAGUACGUGCAGAGCUUCCCCGGGAACAGCCAGUACCCAGCAAGCAGCACGUGUCUGGGAUUGACCGUGACGUUUGCUGCUGGCCAGCUUGCCAGUGGGUGGACACCACCAGCUGUUGCAUGGAGGGGUCUGUGCCAGAGGCUGUUCUCAUUGCAGCCGCAGAAAUGUUCUCAUCUACCAUGAAAUAAGAUAAUAUCCAUCCCCAUGUCACGUCGCGGUUAGAGGUGAUGAUUUUGUUGAGGGUUCCUCUGAAGCAGCCCUCCUCUCUCCUCAGGAGAAUUAGGGGCCUUCUUCAGGCAGCGCUUGUGGUGCUGGAGGUGGGGUUGCUGUGGAAGGCUUCUGGAGGGGACACUGCAUGACAUGGGCCUGCACCCCAAGUCCCCAGCAGCCAGGGUAGAGCUGCAGGGAUGCCCCUUUCCCAGCUUUCCCAUUUGGUUUUGUAUGGAAAGAUGCAUUCACAGAGAGCCAUGGACAAUCUCUCACUCUGGGACAGAGCAAACAGGACUGAAGUCUGGCAGCCCCCCUUCCCAGGGGGGGACAUUCCUGGCUGUGCCCUGGUUGGGAGCAUGUUUCAGCCCUGAAUUUUUAAUGAGCACCUGCAGAGCUGAACUGCAUUGGCUAGGAAGGUUUGGGACACCCUGCCCAGGCCAGCCCAAGGGACCUCAACAUCUGUAGGGCUUCCCAUAGGAUUGUGUCUGGGCUGAGUAACGGUCUGGCACGAGUCUGCCAGCUGUGGAGAUGGAGCUGUUUUGGGUAGGGUUGGCUAUCAGUGAAGAUCUUUCUCACAGCCCACCUCCUGCUCUGGGUAUUGCAGGAGGCAGAAAAGAUGUGCUAGACCUGGGGGUUAUGAUUGGGUCCAUGAGUAGAAAUGUAGAUGUUUGGGAGAAAAUCAGAAGUGCCUUUAUAGUCAGGAAGUGAGGAAGUCCAGUUUGAGGGGUUCUUUGGAGCAUCCCUUGUGGUCUGAAUCUGCCUUGCAUAAAUUGGUGUUUUGUGCUUAAAGUGAGACCUAUAGGUCCCUGCCCAGCAGGAGGACAAGUAUGUCCCAAAGCCAGUUUCUUGUGGCUUUUAGAUACAAAGGGUGGUUUGGUUCCUGCCACCAGUGUGAAUAGUGGUUGUGUUACAAGUUACAGGCACCUUCUGGCAAGGAGUUAAUCCUGGAGCCCCAGUGUCAGUCACCAGGGCACUGGCAGGAUUUGGCCUUUUGACUAGAGGGUGGGAGUUAAGAUGGAGGAGCUCCUGGACACAAGUCUGACCACCGCCUGCAAAGAGGAUUGGGUGUGAAGUGGGCUUCUCCAGCCCCCUCUGAGGGCUCCAGCUCUUUCAGCCUUUGCCUGUGAAAUACUUGUCCUCUCUUGGUAUAGGAUUCAUUGCAUGGAGGAGACAUUGCUGCACAGCUCAGCUGCCAGCGAAGAUGAGGGACCUUGGGCACAGGACUUCAUGGGAAGGAUCCCAUCGCAACGGGGGGAUGUUGCAUGUCUUCUCCUCCCUGUCUCUGCUGAGCCACUUGUCGCAUCCCUCACUAGGAAGGGUGAGGCUACAUGCAGAGGAACACGGUGGUCCCUUUAGUAUCCUUUUACUAUGAAAAUGGUGGGAAGAGCCAGAUCAGUGCCUUCAAUCCCUUUGCAGUGGUUUUGGGUGGUUUCAGAAAGGUCAUAGAGGAAAUUCCCUGUUAGACACACGAUCCUCCUUCCCCUCCCCUUGUAAGAAAAUAAUGUUAUUAUCAAAGUUUUAAUUUUCUUUUUAUUUAACCAUGGGAAUAAAUGGAUGAGAUUAUUGAGUCCCCUUAUUUUUAUAAAUGCUGUAGUUAGGGUGUACGGAGCCAGGUCUAUUCAGUGCUCCAGGAAGGAGAAGGAUAAAGCUGUUGGGAGGGUGUGAAGGAUGAUGCUGAAGAGCAGUUCCAUAUGUUCAGCUUUCUGUGGGUCCAUGGCACCAAGCCUUUCUUCCAUGUCAGGAACAGGCUCGGCAGUGCUGCCUCAAGCUAUUUCAAAGGCUUCUAGGUGCCACUUCCAUCCAACCUUUUAACAGAACCACUAUUUUGUAACACUAUGUUAUAGCCCUUCAGGUCUCAAAGACCUCUGUUACCUCGCAGACCACAAGCACCCUGUACACCAACACCUUCGUAACUGCUAACUGGGGAAACUUCUCCAAUUUACACCAUGGGUCACUGGCCACAACAGGGUUUAGUUUGACUUAUCCAAGAAGAAGCCCUGAAAGAAGUUUCUAGGUUGGGUUCUGCCUUUUCCACCCCAGUCAGUGGUGGAUUGUGUCUGAACAGCAAGUAAACAUGUUGCCUGUGCAAUUGAAUUUUGAAGCUUGCACUGUCUUGUGUCAGGUUUUCUGGAUGCUUGUGUUUGCACUUCUCCUCCUAUGUCGGACUGUAAUGCUGGUGGAUUUGUUUUUAACCACUUUUCUAAUUCUUAAUUGUUAUGAAAAUUGUUAUGAAAAUAACUGUAUCAUGAAUUGCCUUGAUUGUUAUAAAACUUUGGAAAACAAAA